GUUAUAAAUAUAAUGGACUGGACAGAGAGGAUCAGUCCAUACACACCAACGCGCGCACACAGCUCCACUGACCAGAACUCUGGGAUUAAGACAACCCACACACCAUGUCUCAGCCCGUUGAGGUGAAGAAGAAGAAGCGUCCUGUGAUGAAGGAGGAGGACUUGAAAGGAGCCCGCAGCAAACUGGGGCUAAAGGGCGAGCCCAAGAGUAAGACCUAUGAGGUCAUGGUAGAGUGUGAGCGUAUGGGAAAGGUGGCUCCCUCAGUGUUCAGUGGGGUGAAGUCUGGAGGAGAGACUGUACUGGAGAAGCCUAAAGCCCCAGGAGACAGCAUCUUUGGCAAGUAGAGCCGUCCAGUGUGGAGUGUUGGCUAUCAUCACUGCGCUAGAGUCUAGAGGAGAAACGGGACAGACUCAUCAAUGGACAAACGGCAAUGAAGAAGCCAAACCUUGCUGUUAUUGAAUGGUUUGAUACCUGUUUUUCCAUUUUCAGCACGGAAAUAGGCCCAUCUCAUUUUGAGCAGGUUGUUCAUAGUAGGGUUUGUUCAUACUGUAUGAUGACUGUUUAUGAUUGAUUGAGAAUUAAGGGAAAUUCCAGCAUCAUGGAUGUGAUAUUUGCACACACAAUGAAAAACCAAAUGUCUCACAGAGUUGACUUAUCAGGUAGAAAUGAAAGUGCUAUCAUGAUUGCCUUACGCAGCAAUGCUGACUGAUCAUGUUAUGACGUGUCUGUAACGGUCACAUUCGUUACGCUUAGAACGAGUACCUACAGCGAGGAAGGAAACCAAUUAUACAUCACAUAAGCCCUUGAUGAAGUUAGCUUUGCACAGAAAGUUUGUGUAAAAUCAUACUCAAAACAUGUCCACAAUAACAACCUUUCCUCAAAAACAUUACAGUUGUGACACUUCCUGUCCAAAUCAGCACUCUAUCUUCACUAGACUGUAGAAUUCUAUACUAGCAAUCAAAGGACAAAAAUGUGUUUCAUGAACCUUCCGGCUUGGUCAGAAACAGAGGGACAGAUGUUAGUACCAAAACAAGUUCUGUGAGCCAUUACCAAAAGCUAUGAAAUAUGGUUGACUGAAAAUACUUAUUUUGAGACUUUGUAGCCUACUUUGUAGUAACAUUAAAUUUGGCAAAAAUAAAGGCCAAAUGUAGUCUUUACUUCAAAAUACACACAUUCAAAUAUAAUUUUAUUGGUCACAUAUUUUGCAGAUGUUAUAUAUAUAUUUUGCAGAAAAUAUGGUAAAUAUUUUCUCUAAAUAUGAAAGUUUAAUUAUGAAAUAAGCUAGUUUUUCAUGUUCGGGUUGACCUUACUAUGAAGUUGCUCAAAUUGUAAAUGCUGAAAUAUUUGUCUUAUGUUUUUAUAAACAAAUGAAUGACUUCCCUACU